UGUCCAGCAGCAUUUCUCAAGAUGAUGUGUUUGAUUUAAAGGUCAUAGCUGAAUUAAAUGCAUUUAAUGUCUUUAUCUGUGAUCAGAAGUGUAACAUUGCAGAUAUUAAAAUACAUGGAAUGGAUGCCUCUAUUUCUGUGAAGCCAAAGGAGACUGAUGUGUUUGCCAGACUUAAGAAUAUCAUAGUUACAAAUGUUGAUUUGUUGUCUACUCACAAAAAGGCUGUCUCUAUUUUGGGAGAUGAAGUCUUUAGGUUCCAAAUGACUCUUUAUCCAGAUGCUACAGAAGGAGAGUCCUAUGCUGAUAUGUCUAAAGUAGACGGGAAACUUAGUCUCAAAGUGGGUUGUAUUCAGAUUGUUUAUGUUCAUAAAUUCUUCAUGUCUCUUUUGAACUUCCUCAACAAUUUCCAAACUGCCAAAGAAGCUUUGAGUGCAGCCACAGUCCAGGCUGCAGAAAGAGCUGCUUCCAGCAUGAAAGACUUGGCUCAAAAAAGUUUUCGCCUUUCGAUGGAUAUCAAUUUGAAAGCACCAGUUAUUAUUAUUCCUCAGUCUUCUGUAUCACCUAAUGCCAUUAUAGCAGAUUUGGGUUUAAUCAGAAUUGAAAACCAAUUUAGCUUGGUUCCUAUGAAGCAUAAUUAUUCUCUUCCCCCAGUCAUUGAUAAAAUGAACAUCCAACUCACCCAGUUGAAACUGUCCAGGACUAUUUUGCAGGAUGGCUUGCCACAGCAGGACAUUGAAAUUUUAGAACCAGUCAACAUGCUUUUGUCCAUACAGCGAAAUUUAUCGGUAACAUGGUAUGUGCAAAUUCCAGGGAUGGAGAUAAAAGGAAAACUAAAACCUAUGCAG